AUGGCAGCAUAUAUCACACAAAUAAAGCUGCCUGUUCGUUACCAAUUCGGCCGGCAAACUCCUAUCUUGACUGAACGGAAUAUAGCAGAAGCUAUCAUCAUCGCGGAACCAACCCCGCUGUAUGACUUUCACCUCGAGAAUGCUCGAACACGAGACUAUCUGUAUGCGAAUAAGACGCUGCGCUACCCAUACUAUCAGACAAUGGCGCAUCAGCCCAUGCACAUAAACGAUUGGCUGGAAAUCAGCUCACAAUACGAACAUAACCUUCAAUUGAAGAAGGCCGUCAUCGCCGAACACGUCAAGGGCGCUAAAGUCCUCGAUUCUCUCCCCGAAAAUGAUGCGGCUUGUGCGGAACUGCUUGAAAUGGCAGUGGACUACUUGCCUAAACGUUACCCCACCCUUUUUGAGCGGCUUCUCCACGGAGAGAAGGACGGCAUUCGCAACGGCGUCACGGGACAUGUCAUAGAGUGGCCGAAGGCCGAAGUACCGGUAGGAAUCGAUGCACUUCGGCAUGUUAGCUGCCUGACCGAGUGUGACUUCCUCAUGGCCCGUGAGCGGGAAGACGGGCACGUGCACUUCACUGGUGGUCUAGUGGCACUACCAGGUUCAUACCUCCUGAGUGAGAAGAUCGGCCAGCGGAUGUCCGAGGUGCACGGUCCGGUGCCCCAGUUCAACGACAAGCUGCUGUUGUCCGUGGAGAGAACGCUGAAACGCAUGCAUCCUUCGGCACCAUUCGAGCGCUCCUCAUGGGCGAUCGUUGAUGACAAGAACCUCUUCUGGCACAAUAUCGCAUCACUCCCCGUUGGAGCGGAAAUCACCCGGCCGCCUGCCGAGCUUUUCUUGCGUAUUGACCGGCAAACAUUCCGAAAGCUUCCCCGCACCAAGGCAAUCAUAUUCGGGGUGCACCCUUUCCUGCGCCCGAUGUCGGAGCCGGCCAGCCUGCCUCUCAUGCCCAGUCUGUUGCUUAGGGUUCUCACCGAGUCAAACAGAGCUAUGCUUGAGUACAAGAGCAUUGCACGAUUUGAGAGGGCUCUUAUACCCUGGUUGAGGCAAGCGGAGGCGGAGCAGGUGCGGAAGGGGCUCAUCAGCGGCACGGAGGGCGUUCGGGAUUUUCGGGCCUAUCGUGCUUCAUGA